AUGGUGUCCAUCACCAGGGAAGGUUCAAGGCCGGACCGGCAGCGGCGCCUGGAGGCUGGACGCGCGGCCGGCGUGCUUUGCCGGUGCGCCGUGCAGCCGGAUGCGGGGUGCCCGGCGAGGAGGCGAGCACGCAGGCGCCGAUGUGAGCGUGUGGGAGAUGUGGCGCGGCAGACUGCCGGUGCCCCAAUCCUCCUGAUUCCCCAAUCCGGCAUUGAAGCAAGUCGGUCUGAUGGAAUCAGCUUAUUGGUCCUAUUUGUCUGCUUCAUCGCUAGCUCUGCAUUUGCUGAAUCUGAUAUAAACAAUCUAUAUGCUCUGAGGCAGGCAGUCGCUGAAUCAAAAGGCUUCCUUCAGGACUGGUUUAGUUCAGAAACUCAGCCAUGCAACUGGAGGGGUAUAACUUGUAAAGGAAGCGCUGUUGUGGCCAUAGAAUUGUCAUCUGUGCCACUCCGUGUCCCUUUUCCGUUAUGCAUCACAGCAUUCCGGUCACUUGGUUGGCUCAACCUAAGUAGGUGUGAUUUAUCUGGUAUGAUUCCAGAAGCCUUGGGAGAUUUGCAGAAUCUCCAGUACCUGGACUUGAGCAAUAACCAACUUACUGGGCCCAUGCCUUUCUCGUUAUAUGAUUUGAAGAUGCUAAAAGAAAUAGUGCUAGACAGAAACAAGUUGUCUGGACAAUUGAGCCCUGCCAUUGCUCAGCUUCAGAACCUCACUAAGUUAUUGAUAUCCAAGAACAACAUCUCUGGAGUACUUCCUCCGGAGCUGGGCAGUCUGAAGAACCUAGAGGUCCUGGGCUUUCACCAGAACAGAUUUGAUGGAUCAAUACCAGAAGCUUUUGGCAACCUAACUCGGCUCUUCUACCUUGAUGCAAGCAGAAAUAAGCUCACUGGUUCAAUAUUUCCUGGAAUAAGCGCAUUGCUGAACCUGCUGACACUUGAUUUCUCUUCAAAUAGUUUGGUGGGGCCAAUACCUAAUGAGAUUACUCAUCUGAAAAUGCUGGAGCGUUUAGCUUUGGGGUUCAAUCAUUUCACUGGAGGGAUUCCAAAAGAGAUCGGUAACAUGAAGCACCUAAAAGAACUCUCUCUCACUGAAUGCAGCUUAUCAGGCACCAUCCCUUGGUCAAUUGGUGGUCUUAGAAGCUUAGUGGAACUUGACAUAUCAGGCAAUGACUUUAACUCAGAACUCCCAGCAUCUGUUGGUGAUUUGGGCAAUAUGACUAUCCUGAAUGCAAGGAAGGCAAAGCUCGUAGGGCGUAUACCAAAAGAGCUUGGCAGCUGCAAGAAGCUUACUCUUCUACGUCUGUCUUUUAAUUCCUUCACUGGCAGUAUACCUGAAGAACUUGCAGGUUUAAAAAAUAUUGCCCAUUUUGAAGUGGAAGACAACCAACUGUCAGGUCCUAUUAGUGAUUGGAUUAAAAAAUGGGCAAAUGUUGUUUUUGUAAACCUUGGAAAUAACAAGUUCUAUGGUUUGGUACCACCUACCAUAUGUCAAGCCAAGUUGCUGCAGUCACUCGACCUGCAUUGUAACGAUCUGACUGGGAGUAUCAAGGAGACAUUCGAGGGCUGCAAAAACCUGGUUCAUCUGGAUUUGCAAGGUAACCAUUUCCAUGGUGGGAUACCUGAAUACUUGGCUAAGCUACCGCUCACGAUACUGGAUUUGUCCUACAACAAUUUCACUGGAGCGUUACCAAGCAAGUUGUUUGAGUCAUCAACCAUAUUGGAAAUGAACCUCGACAAUAAUAAGCUUACUGGCCAUAUCCCUGAGAGCAUUGGUAAGCUCCGCAGCUUGCAGAGGUUGCGGAUGGGCAGUAACUGCAUGGAAGGACCUAUCCCACAGGCAGUCGGCGAUCUGGGGAAUUUGACAGAAAUAUCUCUUGGUGGGAAUAGACUUUCUGGAAGCAUCCCACAAGAGCUCUUCAACUGCAGAAACCUAGUGAAGCUAAACCUGAGCUCUAACAAUCUGAUCGGACACAUCCCGAGAUCCAUAUCGCAAUUGACUUCGCUCACUGGCUUGGUUUUGUCUCACAACCAGCUCUCUGGUUCUAUUCCUGCUGAGAUUUGUGGGGGAUUCACGAACCCAACUCAUCCUGAAUCAGAGUAUGUUCAACAUCACGGCUUACUUGAUCUGUCAUAUAACCUGUUAAGUGGUCGUAUCCCACCCGCGAUCAAGAACUGUGUUAUUCUGGAGGAGCUACACCUGCAAGGUAACUUGCUGAAUGGAUCUAUUCCUGCCGAGCUUGGUGAGCUGAAGAAUCUUAGAACUGUUGAUCUCUCUUCUAAUGCAUUAGUUGGACCUAUGGUUCCUUGGUCUGCGCCAUUGCUGACCCUGCAAGGCCUUUUUCUGUCUAAUAAUCACCUAAAUGGCAAUAUUCCUGCUGAGAUAGGCCGCAUUCUUCCGAACAUUGCAGUUGUAAACUUGUCCAGCAAUGCAUUUAUGGCUACUCUACCCCAGUCCUUACUAUGCAGCAAGAGCCUGAACCGUCUGGAUGUCAGUAACAACAACCUCUCUGGUGAAAUCCCAUUAUCUUGUCCUUGGCAUGAAGAAUCCUUGAGCUCGCUGGUCUUCUUCAAUGCAAGCAGUAACCAUUUAUCAGGGAGCCUAGAUGGGUCUAUCUCAGAUUUCGGACAACUUUCUUCUCUUGAUAUCCACAACAACAGCCUCACCGGAAGCUUGCCCUUGGCACUGUCCAAUCUCAGUUAUUUGAACUAUCUUGAUCUCUCAAAGAAUGAUUUCAGUGGUUCCAACCCUUGUGGUAUCUGCAAUAUAGUUGCCAUCACAUUUGCCAACUUCUCUGGUAAUCGGAUUGGCAUGCAUAGCUUAUCAGAUUGUGCUGCGCCUGGCAUCUGUGCUCCUGAUAGUAUCAAGCAUAAGGAGGGUCAUCCAACUCACGUGAUUCUAAAAGCAGUGACCAUCUGUGCCGCCGUUAUAAUUGUCAUUAUUGUGGUGGUUUAUGUGUGGCGUAAGCUGUCAAUAAGAAGCAGGCCGAUGCAUUUUGAACCUACCAGUCAAGCCCAAAGUCUGCAAUUGAGCUCGCUACAAUUGAUCCCGCCUCAAGCGAUGCGCUCCUAGGAAAGGAUGAAGGCGCUGGGUAGAAUAAAAUUUAUGGCUAGAUUGAUGCACUAGCCUCGUCAAUUUGUCAUUUGUAUGCUGUUGUACUCCUGGUCCCUGCGUUUGAGCAUUUCCCCCCCUUUUUGCAAUGAACAACGAUUUGUCGUCGGUUUAUAAAAUCUAGCUUGAACCUCACA